UUAUGGGUAGACAGUGCAGUUUGCUAUAGGCUCUGCUCCUCCCCACGUGUUUGUAGGAAGAGCCGGACUCUGAAACAUGGUAUCCUUGUUAUACUAAUGAAGUUCACCUCCAUGGAGCAGCCCAGUGGAGGAAGCUAAGUCCCUGCGACACAGAAGAGUCCAGUUUGUCUUCUAAGCCUCAGAAGUUGCAUGCUGUGCUGUGAGCGCUUCAGCGUUUCCGUGCUGCCGGUUUUGAGGCGAAGUUUCCUCCUCGUCCCUCCACAAUGGCCAGCGGAGAGGAGGAUGACCCCAUUAUACAAGAGAUGGAUGUGUACCUUGCCAAAAGUCUUUCGGACAAGCUAUAUUUGUUCCAGUAUCCCGUGCGUCCUGCUAAUAUGAACUAUGACGACGUAACUCAUUUAACAGCCAAAAUUAAACCCAAGCAGCAAAAGGUUGAAAUUGAGGUGGCGAUUGACACCAUGAGUCCGAACUAUUGCCGCAGUAAAGGGGAGCAGAUUGCGCUCAACGUGGACGGCACGUCACUGGAAGACUCCAGCACUUACUCCAUUAAAAUGAUGGAUAAGCAAACAUUCUCAUCGAUUCAGGCAACAACAAAUACCAGUCGCUAUGCCGCUGCAGUGUUUCGUAAAGGGGAGCUUCACCUCACGCCAUUACACGGCAUUCUGCAGAUGAGGCCCAGCUUUUCAUAUCUAGAUAAAGCUGACAGUAAACACAAGGAAAGGGAGGCAGCCAAUGAAGCUGGAGACUCUUCUCAGGAUGAGGCAGAGGACGACGCCAAGCAGAUCACUGUGAGGUUCUCCAGGCCAGAGUCUGAGCAGGCUCGUCAGCGACGCAUCCAGUCCUACGAGUUCCUGCAGAAGAAACAGGCUGAAGAACCGUGGGUCCAUUUACACUACCACGGCUUAAAGGAUGGGCGCUCAGAACACGAGCGUCAGUAUCUUUACUGCCAGGCCAUGGAUACCACAGAGAACACGGAGUUAGUGAAAACGCCAAGUGAAUAUCUGGCCAUGCUUAUGCCUCCACUGACAGAAGAAAAAGUGGUUAAACCAGUGGGACCUAGUAAUGUGCUUUCUAUGGCCCAGCUACGUACAUUGCCACUUGGAGAUCAAGUCAAGACCUUGAUGAAGAAUGUCAAGGUCAUGCCGUUUGCCAAUCUGAUGGGGCUGCUUGCAUCAGGCACAGACUCCACUGCAGUACUGCGCUGCAUACAGCAGGUGGCGAUGCUCGUCCAGGGAAACUGGGUUGUCAAGAGCGAUGUUCUGUAUCCCAAGUCCACCUGCAGUCCACACAGCGGCGUGCCUGCAGAGGUGCUCUGUAGGGGCCGCGACUUUGUGAUGUGGAGAUUCACAAACGAGCGCUCACUGAUGAGAAAAGAGGUUGCUGCUAUCAUAAAGCUGCCUCCUGAGGACGUCAAGGACUUUUUGGAACAGAUGGCUGUUCCCAGAGCAAACAGAGGCUGGGAGUUCCUGUUGCCUACUGACCAUGAUUUUGUCAAGAAGCAUCCUGAUGUGGCUCAGAGACAGCACAUGCUCUGGCUGGGCAUCCAGAACAAGUUAGAAAAGGUUUUCAACUUCUCAAAGGAGGACUUCCUGCACAAAAAGGAUACUCAAAUGGACUCGGUUCAUAUUAGCGGUGAGCAGCGUCUCAAGGUGGCUCGAGAGAAUGCACGGGAGCGUCAUGCCUCUCUGCAGAAAGACUUAGAUGCCCGGAGACUAAAGGCAUCAUCCAUGUCUUCUGGCUCUGGUGGAACUAAUACAAUGGUGCACAUUAAAGAAGAGCCCAUGAGCGACUCUGAGGAGUCUAUGGACACAUCCAGUUCUGUUCCAAACGGUUCAGUCAACGGUUAUCCCUCAUCAGACUCCCCUAACACGGACCUCCACAGUGAGUACGGGGCAGCGCAGGCCCCUACCCCGGAGCUCCAAGACUUUGUACGGAGCACUUUCCGGAAACACUUUGUCCUGUGCCUCAGUGAAGUCAAACGGCUGUUCAACCUGCAUCUGGCCAGCCUUCCUACAGGACACAGCCGGUUCGGCCACGUCACAGACCGCAUGCUCCAGGACACGAUCCUCCACAGCCACUGCAGACAGAUCCUAGUGCCUUUUCCCCCUCAGAGCAGUGCUAGUGCAGACGAGCAGAAAGUCUUUGGCUUAUGGGAGAAUGGUGAAACGUUCGAUAAGCACCGCCAAAUUCUGUUUGAGAUCUUUAUGAAGAACUAUCGCGUAAGGAGAAACGUUAUUCAGACCCGACUCACACAGGAGCUCGGGGAUGCUGUCACCAAGGCUGACGUGGACAGGCUGCUCAAGGAGUGCUGCGUCAGCCUAGGAGGAAUGUGGUACCUGAAGGGCACAGUGCAGUCGUGACAGUAGGAGGAGGAGGAGCCCUAGGGAUCCUGUCAAUCACAAAGGAAAAAAAAAACAAAAAAAAACAACUUCUCUCUCUGAGGUUUACUCUGUAUGGGGGAGAUGGAGCCGACACACAAAUCAGUCACUGCCCCUAGCUGGAGAAGACUGGCUUUGGAGGACAAAAAGGUCCCCGUGCUGCUCCAGGACAUUGCUUUUUGUUUACUUUCACGGACACGUAGCUGAGCGUAGCCAAAAUCGAAGCUUGUGGAAACUUGCAGGACACCUCACCAUUUCAUACAAAAGGGCUUGAGAUCUACCGGAUCCUACAUAGUGUUUAGUUACAUAAAUGAUGGAAGGAAAGAGAUGUAUAUGCAAAGCGUAGUUAGAAUAUUUGUCCUUUCAUGAUUUACUGUUCACACUUUUCUUAUCUUGCAUUUAUGUGUUACUAAUAAAGAAGACUGGAAGGUAAUUUUAUCUCAGUUGUGGCUUUUCAGAGAGUGCCCGUGUUAUAUCGGCCUUUCCUAGGACGUGAAUGAGAGAUGAUCGCUUUAAGUUUCUGUCCCCUGCUAAAUGAUUUUUAAUCAGUACUUAUAAAAUAUAAGUGUUUUUUUUUCCUCUCACAUCCUUAUAAUAAUAAUAUACUGUAUAGCACAGGGUCUCGUGGUUUCAUUUCCCUUAUCAUAUUAAUUUGACUUAAAUAGAGCGUUAAAAUAGCACUAUGCACUAUUGUGCCAUAGCCUCCCUUCCUUCAAAGUAACAGCUACACCAAAGCUCUGAUGCACUGGGGAAUGGUCCUCAUGUUAUAGUAGACAUGGGCAGUGGAUGGAGAUUAAUUUUCUUUAUGUUAAAAAAAAAAUGAAGUGCAGGAAAAACCUGUUAGAGUCAGGAUUAUUGUUGGAAUAUGCUGUGGUGCCAAUGAGAAGCAUUUAACUACAGUAAAUGUCCUUGAAAGCAUGUAUGGAAAUGUGAAAAAAUUCACCAUCCUGUUGUGGCCUUUGGGACUGUAGUUCUUAAAUAUAAUUUAGGCUGCUGGAUGUUCUAGUUGAUUUAAACCUGAUGUAUUGGCGAACAACUCAAAUGCAUUUCAUUUCAAAUCAUUGCUGUGUUUAGAUACAGUGUGUUAGUGUGUGAGAUCCUGCCCUGAUAGUCUGGGUUUUUUUUUUGUUGUUGUUGGUUUGUAUGGUUUUUUUUUUUUUUUUUUUUUGGUCAAAUUGUGUGUUCAGUACUAAAUCAAAGGUAAAUUAUUUUCUUCAGUGUUGAUCCUGUACGUCAUUGGAGGGCCUGAGGAUGUCCCGGCAGUUAAGCCUGCUGCUUGAUGAUUGUAUUAAACUGCAAGUUGGGGUUUGGUUUUAGUGAUGAAGUGAGUGUUCUGCAUGUUCUGAUAUUUUUUAGGACAUGUGAAAGUGCCUCUAAUUUAUUCAGGGGAAAAAUUACCUAUAUUAAAUGUGCUCUUGUGGUUGGAAGAAUCUUUGCUUUAUAUCCAACCCCAUUUUUUUUUCUUUUCUAACAUCAAGAUAUGCCUGGAUCGUGUUUAUUCAUUUUAAUCAUUCCACAUAUUCAGAAAUAAAUGGACAUGUCACCAAAUGUGGAACGGUCUUGACCUAAGAAUGGAAGUCGGCUGUUUCAUUGGAACAUUAUGCUCAAUAAACACUGCAAAUAAUG